AUGGAAGAAGCACUGGCCAGAAGCCAAGAUUCGAGCAGUAGUAAUCCUCGCCAGGUGGCCGGCGAUCAAGAGCUAAAAGAAAUGCUGAUGGAGAAAUACUGCGGAUAUUUGAGCAGUCUGAGGAAAGAAUUUGUCAAGAAAAGGAAGAAAGGAAAGCUUCCGAACAAUGCUCGACUCGCCUUAUUACAGUGGUGGAACUUACACUACCGAUGGCCUUAUCCAACGGAAGAGGAGAAAGGAAUGCUUGCGGAGAUGACGGGGUUGGAUCAUAAGCAGAUAAACAAUUGGUUCAUUAACCAAAGGAAGCGCCACUGGCGGCCGUCGGAGGAGAUGAGAUCAGCUCUAAUGGAAGGAAUGACCGGAGCCGGUGGCGGCGGCGGCGGCGGUGGAGGAUCUAUCUAUUUUGGAGGUGGUGCAACUUAA